GAGAGCGUCACAGCAAUUCUCAUUGGCCAUUGGUACUGUGAGAUAGGUAUUCGAUGUUGUUGCGUCACAGGCGCCCUCUCAGCUUUAUAUCCAAAAGGCGGCGCCAUGCCCCUUAGCACGAAUAUCCUGAAUCUAGCCUUUUUCCUCUGGCAAUGGUGGGCGGGUAAGAGCACAACAGGCGCCGUCCUUUCGUUUCCGCACAGCUUUACACAUAACCGUGUCUUAUCGGCGGGGUUAUUGUGAGUAACCUUCUUUGACUUCCUUGCAGCUGCUGACAUAUUUGAAAAGCGGUGCUUUCCUUGUUGGAGCGCCCAUGACCAUAUCAUCAAUUCAGCUGCCCCAGCGCUACCAGCUCGUCAAUGAAAGCUCCCUACUCGGGGCUGGCGUUAAGUUUCUAGCUUAUGGCGUCCCUUUCCCUGUGGGCGUGGUGAUAACGUCUAUCCUUGCAGGCAGGUUUCGCAUCCCUUUUAUUUACAUCAUCCUUUUAGGGACUAUCAUACAGAUUGUUGGAUUUGCUCUCCUCUCGACAACGCCCAGCACUGUACACCCCUGGCCCGUCCAGUUUGGGUAUAGUGUAAUCACCAGCCUGGGCGUUGGAAUCACGGGAGGGUUGUAUAACUUCCUCAAUCCAUUGUCGAUCGACAGAAAAGAGCAGUGUAGGUUCCAUUCUUCUCGAAAAAAUACCUACUGAUAGUCUUAAACUUGCUGACACUGACGUGACGAGCAGAUCUGGCCAUUGGUGCGGGUGUUCAAGCUCGUAUGCUCGGCGGCUCGGUUGGCAUCGCUGUGGUCAACAGUAUAUGGGUGAACCACGUACGAGUACACCUGAGGUCGAUGCUCACUGAAGCUGAAAUCAACACUCUGCUCACAGACCUCGGAU